AUGUCAUAUACAACCCCGGUAAAUUUUAUCGAUUUGAAUACGUCUCAUAAUGGUAACCAAGAUUUGUAUAAUGCUAACGUCGUUGCUGGAUACAACCUCCCAGUGACGAUGGUUCCACAAGGUAGCAAUGGAAGCCGUUGUGCGUUGACUGGUUGCGUGUUUGACUAUGAAUACGGAUGCCCCGACGAUCAUAGAGUGAUUACUAAUGGUACCAUAAUAGGAUGUAGAAGCUCGGUGGUGUGUGAGCCGUUCCAAUCAUUGUCAACUUCAUUGUCACCAAAUUCUGCAACAUCACUUUCUAAGAGUGAUGCUAAGAGGAAGCGUACUAUUCUUUUAGUUAGUUUACCAAUACUCGCUGCAACAUCAAUUAUGUUGCUGUAUGGAGUGUGGAGUAGUAUGCGCAAGAGGAAGGCCACCCAAAUAUCUAAUUGUUUGGAAGUGUGUGAGAUUAAAAAUGCUGUACUAGACUCCUUGCAAUUUGAUCUAAACGCGAUUCGAACAGCAACAAACUUUGCUGCAGAAAACAAACUUGGAGAAGGCGGAUUUGGUGAAGUUUAUAAGGGAAAACCCGAAAAUGGGCAGGAAAUUGCUGUCAAAAGACUAUCAAAAAACUCCGGACAAGGAGUUGCAGAGUUUAAAAAUGAAGUUGUUUUGGUUGCAAAACUUCGACACAAGAACUUGGUCAAGCUCUUGGGAUUUUGUGUGGCACCAGAAGAAAAGAUACUUGUCUAUGAGUUUCUUUCUAAUUCAAGCUUGGACAAAUUUAUAUUUGGUCAAACGAAGCAAGCAUCUUUAAAUUGGCAAAUAAGGUGCAAUAUUAUAGUUGGUAUUGCAAGAGGGCUUUUAUAUCUUCACGAAGACUCCCCACUUAAGGUUAUUCAUCGAGAUCUUAAAUCAAGUAACAUAUUACUAGAUGAACAUAUGAACCCUAAGAUAUCAGAUUUUGGCCUUGCCAAACUUUUUGGAGUUGAUCAAAUUCAAGGUGACACUAAAAGGAUUAUUGGAACUUAUGGUUACAUGGCUCCAGAAUAUGCAAUAACAGGUCAUUACUCAGUAAAAUCAGAUAUUUAUAGUUUUGGAGUCUUAGUUCUUGAGAUUGUGAGCAGUCAAAGAAAUAGAUUUUGCAAGCAAUUGCAGCUUGAAGAGGCAUUACUACAUCGAGCAUGGAGGUUAUGGAAUGAUAACAAGACCUUAGAUUUUGUUGAUACAAAAUUACAAAAUGACUUUCCAAUAGAUGAAGUAACUAAAUGCAUCCAUAUUGCUCUACUAUGCAUUCAAGAUGAUGCCGCCUUAAGGCCGAGAAUGAGCUCCAUUGUUGCAGCCCUCAAUGGCCAAGCCGUUUGUCUCCCAACGCCGAAGCCACCUAAUUACUUUGGUGCUAAGAUUUUAGAAGAUAAUGAUUCUCUAGGUAGUGUAUAUACACGAAAUAAGACGAUUACAAAUUUGCAUCCUCGCGAUUAAUUAACCUAUCUCAUUCAUUUUUUGAUCCUUGUUUGUAAGUAAUA